AUGAGAUCAUUCGUUUCUCUCGGGCUCUUUGCCUGUUUCAUAUCGCUAGUUUCGGCUGCCAUUUCAUGUAACUCCUCCAACCAUUGUCCCGAAGACUCUCCUUGCUGCUCGCAGUAUGGAACUUGCGGUACCGGUUCUUACUGUUUGGGAGGUUGUGAUAUCAGAUAUUCCUAUAACUUGAGUGCAUGUAUGCCUAUGCCUAGAAUGUCUAGCAUCAAGGACAGCUUUGCCUCUAUUGACGAUAUCGAAAACCAAUCCGAGUACUUGGGUAACUCUUCUGAGGCCACUUGGGUUUACACCGGAUACAUCGACUCGCAUGAUGAUGCUCUUUUGUUGCAGAUGCCCAACGGAUCCACAGGUACAGUUGUUUCAUCCACCGAGUACUUUUUAUUUGGAAAAGUUGGUGCCACCAUGAAAUCUUCGCGUGACAGAGGUGUUAUUACUGCCUUCAUCACCUUCUCAGAUGUCCAGGAUGAAAUCGACUACGAAUUCGUCGGUUAUAAUUUAACCAACCCACAGACUAAUUACUACGCCAAAGGUAUUUUGAAUUACACGAACCUGAGAAACUCUUCGGUCAGCAACACAUUUAGCGACUGGCACUACUACGAAAUCGAUUGGCAGGAGGAGAGAAUUGUGUGGCUGAUUGACGGAAAUGAAGUGCGUACCUUGGAAAGAGACGAUACGUACAAUGCUACCACUGAUCGAUACGACUAUCCUCAAACUCCUGCCAGACUUCAGUUUUCCUUGUGGCCUGGUGGAUCGUCUUUGAACGGUUUGGGUACGAUUGAAUGGGCCGGUGGUGCUAUCAACUGGGACUCUCAAGAUAUUCAGGACUUUGGUUACUACUAUGCUUACGUGAAGAACGUGACCGUAACUCCUCACGACUUGCCAGACUCGGUACAAAAACUGGGCAACAGCUCCCUUAAUGCAUUUUUGUACAACUCCACUGCCGGUAACCUUGAGAACGUUUACUUGACUAACAAGAAGACGUGGUUGGGAAGCGGCGAUGCUACAGGAUUCGACCCUGAAAACGAAGAUGAUGACUUGUUGGAAACCACCGAGAUUGUGAGUCUGUCUGCAUCGUCUGCGGUGACCAAGACCUCUGUGAAAACCAAGAGUGCCAGUACCACUUCUGUGAAUGUUCCUGGUCAGGACGCCACCAACGGAGGCACCACCGAUGAAGGUACCACCGCCUCGUACACGGGUGGAUUUGUGCAGAACUCCAAGAAGACGUCCAGUGGCUCGUCCAGCAGCGGAAGCUCCAGCCCUUCGAGCUCGCUGUCUGGAGCAUACAGAUCACAGGUUGAGAGUAUUGUUGCAGUGUUUGUUGCCCUUGGAGCGGCAAUGUUCACGUUUGGGUUGUAG